AUGACAUCUUCCAGAUCAAUCUCACUUCACGAGUCAGCACUUUCUCCUCAAGAAUUUGAAACCUAUCGAGACUUCAUAACCAAAUUUGAUCAAUUCUCGCUUCCACGUGGUGGUCAGGUUCGAUUUGCAGAGGCUGCUGAAUUCUUGAGGAGAUGGUUUCCAUUCGAGACAGAAAAGGAAGAUGAGAUUCGAAGCUUCUUUCCUCAAAAACUACAACUCGGUCAAAUGGACCAGGGAUGCGUACUGGCCCUUCUCAGACUUCUCUCACAUCUACAAAAUCGAUCUUCGCUGUCAGAGCCUGUCAGAGGUUCAAGUCUUUACCGCGAUUUGAUCUUCAUUCAAACGAAACCUCUACAAGCACUCUCGAACUCGAAUGAACCCUCAGCAUCUGUUUCGCCCUUGUCGCGCGCUAAUUCACAUAGCUCUAACCCAUUCCGAUCAGCAGAUGCUUCUCAACAGGCCAACUUUCUUGAAGAACCAUUGGUUUGUUCGCCUCCCAUCCUGUCAGCACGACAUCGAAGCUUUGGGUCAUUCGAACCUCCUCGCCCCACUUCUCCCCCCAAGCGUCCAAACAAGAUGGUGCAGUCACUUUCGGCUGAAAGUAUCAACACUUCUACCUCUAUCCAGGGCAAUGCUCAAUUGGAACCUUCUAUCAAACUCUCGGCCAAUCCUUUCAAGCAAACAUCCCUCUCAAAUACCUCCCGCAGCAUAUCAAACACUCAUGGUCCGCCUUCCAGUUCUCAGGAUUUGGUUUCGCCUCCUGUCCCGCCUCGCCCCUCGGCUUCCUUGCCUGUCAGGUCUAGCAGUCGAAUCGCACCUCGUAGUGACGAGGAUCAGAUCAUAACAUCACAAUCUCAUCAUACCCCGCCUUUGCCUCCACCCAAACAUCAUACACAGCACCAUCAAGCUAAACUUGUCGACAAUUCUAUUGAGGAAAACUCACGCCCCGCAUCUCCGUCAAAAUGUUCACCUGCCCAAUUUCCUAAGCUUAGGAUCAACAGCCGGGUUGGCCAAUCAAAUGCAGCUGUACCCAUAAGCAAAUGCUUUUCUUUGCCAUCAGAGACCGCGAACCCCACACGCAAGACUAUCUCUGGCGAAACUUCGCACAGACCCACAAGUGGUCGUCCAGGAGGAUCAUCAGCUGGCGCGGAUAAUUCAGUGUCUCCUUUUCCCAGUAGAUCAUCGGGUCCCCCACCGGUACCAUCAUCAUCGACAAAAGUGAGGAAGCCUUCAUCAGCACGUCAAAGGGAACCAUCGACACAAACCUUCGAGGGUGGUAUCCAACCUGGUUCAAUGAAAGAAUCCGAUUUACCGCCACCCUUGGCACACAAAUCAUCUUUGUUACGUUCUCAAACCCUGAACCAUCAUCAAAAGUCUGCCCCACCACUUCCGCCACCUCGUAAGCGACCCGAGAGUCUACAGAUUCACAAUCCUCACUCUGUUCCACUUGAUCAGCUCGCAAGCUUGACCACACCUGGCAAGUCGCUUGAAGCCCCGAGAGGCACGCUUCGGUCUCUUCCGUCUCGUCCAGGUGAUAGCGGCUCAAAAUUACUCGACGUUCCUGUUAAAACUCAAAAGAUGCGAACUGUAUCUCACGAUCUCAGUCACAAUCUACCUUCUGACUCUCCGCCAGAAUUGGAUGAUGAGUCAGCCGAAGCAGCAAACCACCGACGUCGAUCUAUCUCACUUCAUGGGAGACGGGGAGCUGUACCACCAACGUCAGCUGGAGCUCCCACUAACCGGACCACGAUUAGUCAUCACCUCAAAUAUAUAAAAGGUAUCGAGCUCUUGAAAGCAGAUGGACGUGAACUAGUAAAGGAUGUCAAAGAAGGAUGGGAGAGCCGACAUGGGAGGAGAGAAGAAAGAGUAGGAUUGAUGGACAAAGGAGGCGAUGGUCGUGGAUCACAUUUGCCUCGAGUUGUCAAUAAGAAUUGGCUAAACGAUCAUCAUCAAAAAAAUCAUUGGAGCGGUAGUAGUAUAGAUUUAGAUGAAGCAGAUCAUCUUACUUCUCAUCUUGAUGAAACCUCAAAUCCCGAAGAAGGCUGGUCUCGUCUUGAUUAA